UAAUACAUAAACGGAGAAAAAGUCGUUGGUAAAUCUAAUAACUGCAGUCGGACUUUAAACCUAACUCAUUAACAACCGCGUGAUAUUUAGAAAGAGAAAAACAACAAAAAUUGCGACUUGUAAUUCGUCGUUGUAUUCCAGACUUUCAGUUCCUCUAUAUAUUUUUUUCUCUAUUUAGUCUUCUGAUCUUCCACUUCAUUUUCUUUGAAGUUGUGAUCACUAAGUACUAUCCCCAUCGACUUCUUCUUCUUUCUGUCGCUCUUCAAUUAGUUCCCCAUUUAGGGUUUUCAAUUUGCUGUGUAGAUCGUAAGAGUUUUAAGAGCGAAGAGAGUUCUUCUUAGAAAACAAUGGGAGAUAAGAAGUUUAUAAUUGAAGUCGAGAAAGCCAAGGAAUCAGUAAAUGGAAAACCUUCGAUGGGACCUGUUUAUAGAAGUUUGUUUGCUAAAGAUGGAUUUCCUGAACCAGUUGAAGGUUUGGAGAGUUGUUGGGAUGUUUUCCGCAUUUCUGUUGAGAAGUAUCCUGGUAACCGAAUGCUUGGUCGCCGUGAAAUUGUGGAUGGGAAGCCAGGUAAAUAUUUGUGGUCAACUUAUAAGGAAGUAUAUGAUAUCGUGAUGAAAGUUGGAUUUGCCAUCCGAAGUUGUGGUGUUGAGAAGGGAGGACGUUGCGGUAUUUAUGGUAUAAACUGUCCAGAGUGGAUUAUGAGUAUGGAGGCUUGCAAUGCUCAUGGGAUCUACUGUGUUCCAUUGUAUGACACACUUGGUGCUGGAGCUGUGGAAUUUAUCUUGUGCCACGCUGAGAUUUCAAUUGUGUUUGUGGAGGAAACAAAGAUUUCUGAGGUGUUGAAAACGUUUCCCAAUACCAGUGAAUAUGUCAAAACAAUUGUGAGCUUUGGUAAAGUUAAACCUGAAGAAAAAGAAGCGGCUGAAAAGUUUGGUUUGGCCAUGUAUUCUUGGCAGGAAUUUCUGUGCAUGGGAGAAAAGGAAUGCGAACUUCCAGUGACAAAAAAACACGACAUUUCUACUAUAAUGUAUACGAGUGGGACUACUGGUGAUCCUAAGGGAGUUAUGAUUUCCAACGAUAGUAUUGUUACCCUUAUAGCAGGUGUGAAACGGCUGUUGGGAUCUGUCAAUGAGCAGUUGACCGACAAGGAUGUUUACAUGUCAUAUCUCCCGCUGGCUCACAUAUUUGAUCGCGUGAUUGAAGAGUUGUUUAUUCAUCAUGGUGCUGCAAUUGGAUUUUGGCGUGGGGAUGUCAAAUUGUUGAUCGAAGACAUUGGGGAGCUAAAGCCCACUAUUUUCUGUGCUGUUCCACGCGUGCUAGAUAGGAUUUAUUCGGGUUUGACAGAAAAAGUUGCUUCUGGGGGUUUCUUGAAGCAUAAGUUAUUUGACAUUGCAUACUCGUUAAAACUGAAUAGCAUGAAGAAGGGAAAUAAACAUGAAGAAGCAGCCCCUUUUUGUGACAAACUUGUUUUUAAUAAGGUAAAGCAACGGUUAGGGGGGAAUGUUCGACUUAUUUUAUCUGGAGCUGCGCCGCUUGCUACACAUGUUGAAUCUUUUCUACGAGUUGUGGCCUGUGCUCAUGUCUUACAAGGAUAUGGUCUGACCGAAACGUGUGCUGGGACUUUUGUCUCAAUGCCGAAUGAACUAUCGAUGCUUGGGACAGUGGGACCUCCUGUACCAAAUGUUGAUGUCUGUUUGGAAUCCGUCCCUGAAAUGGGGUAUGAUGCUCUUUCGAGCACUCCACGUGGAGAAAUCUGUGUGCGAGGGAAAACCUUGUUCCAAGGAUACUUCAAACGUGAAGACCUCACCAAAGAGGUUAUGAUUGAUGGAUGGUUUCACACAGGGGAUAUUGGUGAGUGGCAACCAAAUGGUAGCAUGAAAAUCAUUGACAGGAAGAAGAACAUUUUUAAGCUUUCACAAGGAGAAUAUGUUGCAGUCGAGAACUUGGAGAACAUUUAUGGUCUUGUUUCUGCUAUCGACUCGGUAUGGAUAUAUGGUAACAGCUUUGAGUCUUUCCUUAUUGCUGUUGUCAACCCCAACAAGCAAGCACUUGAGCGUUGGGCAGAAGACAAUGGAAUAGUAGGGGAUUUUGAUACAGUUUGUGGAAAUUCAAAGGCCAAAGAAUUCAUCAUUGGUGAACUUGGCAAAAUUGGAAAAGAAAAGAAGUUAAAAGGUUUUGAGUUUGUUAGAGCUGUCCACCUCGACCCAGUUCCAUUUGACAUGGAGCGUGAUCUUCUCACUCCAACUUAUAAGAAGAAGAGGCCUCAGUUGCUCAAAUACUAUCAGAAUAUCAUAGAUGGUAUGUAUAAAAGUGGAGGCAAGUAAGAGUCAAGACAUUCGCUCACUCACGCGUGAUAACACAGCAGUAUUGCAAGGAAAAAUCAGUCACUUUCUGUCUCUUCUUAGUAACAAGGUUUUAUUUUCUUGGUGGCAUUUUUUUAUAUAUCUGUUCUUUCUUUUCACCAAAAAAGAUAAGAAAUCCAGUUUCUUGUUUGUUUUGCACUUGUUUCCAUGAAUGUACAGAUUACAAAGUGUUAUAAAUACACAACGAAAUACCGAAGUGAUAGUUCUUCUGCGAUUGCCUCUGUAUUGCUUAUUUAUUAUAACACUUUGUAUUGUUCCUAAUUUUAAAGUAACUUAGAUGUUUCACGUUUGACUAGUCUA